AUGCCUAGAAACACAAUUAAAAAGACUGUCAAAAAGAUUAAAAAGCCCAAAACCAUGAACUCUAAGUAGAACAACAAAUAAAAAAUCGAUGACGAUGAAUCAAUCGAUUCAGAAUACUUGGAUGAAUUGGAAAAUCAAAAACCAUAAAAUAUUUCAGAUAAAAGUGAUAGUGAAAUUGAUGAAACAGAAGAUAAUAGAAGGUUGAGAUUGGCUAAAUAAAUUUUAUAACAAACCAAAUAAGAACUGUAAUCCAAAAAAAAUGAUGACUUUUUUCAAGAUCAUCAUGACAUUCACAUGAAUGAUGAAGACAAGAGAUUAAAUGUAGCCUUACUCGAGAAAUUCGCUGAAAAACACACCAUCUAUCAAUCAUAAAUCCAAAAAUUUGAUCGACAAUUCAAUCGAGAAACCUAUAAAGGUCAUCUGAGAGCAAUCACUUGCACUUAGGUGGAUGAAUUCGCCAAGCAUAUGUACUCUUGUUCCAAAGAUUCGAGCAUAAUCAAAUGGGACUUGGAAACCAAGAAGAAGGAGUUCAUUUAGAGAGAAGUUGGCAAACAUGGAGAUGGCCACUAUGAUGAAGUUCUCACUAUCUCCUUGAACUUUGAUGGCAAGAUAUUAGCUAGUGCUGGCAAAGAUCAUUCUAUUAAAUUAUGGGACACAACGUCUAACAAAUUGAUCGAAACUCUUAAACAUCACAAAGCCCCAAUUUAUGGUGUUAAAUUUGGAUAUAACUCUAAUAACCUAUGUAGCAUCUCUUGCGAUAGAACUUUCAUCUAAUGGGAUGCGGCAUAAAGAGCUUAUAUUGAUACAUUUUUUGGACAUAGUACAGAAGCAAAUGACAUCGAUUGCUUUAAUGCUGACGAUUUCUUGAGUUGUGGUUAUGAUAGAUAAAUGAUUCAAUGGAAAACUAAAUCAGGAGGACAACUUCUUUACAGUGGACAUCAAUAAUCCAUUGAUUGCAUCAGAGCUAUAACUCUAGACACCUUUGCUACUGGUUCUGUUGAUUCUAAUAUCAACCUAUGGAAUGUGAAAAAACGAAAACCCUUAUUUGAAUUAAAUAAACCUCAUGGAGAUAGAUGGAUAACUUCUUUGGGAACUAUAUACAACAGUGACCUUUUGAUUUCAGGAUCCUAUGACGACAAUCUAAACAUAUACAAAGUCACAAAUAAGGAUAUUAUUAAAGUGAGAUCGCUUUAAAGUUUUGGAAUAAUCAAUCAUAUUAAUGUAUUUGGAGAUAAAAUUCUAACGGUUGAGAGUCAAGAACAUCGUUUGGGUAGGUGGAUUACUUCAACAAAAAGCAAAAAUAUAAUUGUCUUGUAUUUAUGA